AUGGCCGAGACGUGUAUAGUCUGCCUCGGCGAUCUCGUCCACCACGAUGUCGGCCCUACCGCCACCGCAUCUCCGCUUGCGACCUACCCACUUGAGCAUGGCGCCGAUGUCCCACACGAACACCAUGCCAAGGAUAACAAGGCCACUGUAGAUUCGACCAAUGAUGAUGAAAUGGUCGCACACUUACUGCCAUGUGGCCAUGACCUUCACAAUGACUGUCUCAAGCCCUGGGUCGAACGAGCGAACAGUUGCCCGAUAUGCCGAGCCAGUUUCAACAUGGUCGAGCUCAGCGCACGCGUUGGAGGCCCCAAGAUAUCCGAGUACGCCGUGCAAGACAAACAACAAGUCGCCGAAAUCGACCCGUCCAUGAUUAUUGAAGAUGACUACAUACUGGAGGAUGAUGGAAGUUAUGACGCAUGCAUGGUCUGUGACGAGUUCGGUGACUCAUCCCAGCUCAUGUACUGCCACAGCUGUGAGCAGCUAUGCCAUGUCUUCUGCGCGGGUCUUGACCGCAUGCCUACGCGUGGCCCUUGGUAUUGCCAGGGCUGUGUCGAGAACCCUGCUCUGCUUGGAGCUGCGUCCCGAAGACGCCCCGCCAUCCGGGGCCCUGCUGCUUGGAUCAAUGGCCGAAGUCGCGUACCACGCCACAACCAAGCCCCUGACGAAUGGGUUGGAGUUUGGCAGAGUGUAUGGGACCGUCUACAGUUUGAUAUCGAAUUUCCAUUCGACGAAGAAGAGCAGUCAGAAAAUCAAUCCGACAUCACGCGGCGCGAAGACCGUAGAUGGGAGGAGCGUAUGCGCGUAGCGCGGCGAGCAGGAGCAGGCAAUCGUUUCCAGAUCGCCGCCGACAAUGUAGUGACUAACCGACGGCGCAACUCCAACCUCACUGCACGAACUACCAAUCGCACAUUGCAUCGCGAGCCCCCAAAGACACCGAAAGACCCGGAGUCACAAGAAGAGUUACGUGCAUGGAACCAGUUUGAGAAAGCGCGCGAACAACUUGCACAAACGGACGCACAACCUGCACCUAGUGUGGCAAGCACUAGCAGUAGACGGGGACGCAAGCGGAAGUCUGUCGACUAUUCCCCUUCUGAUAAUGAGCCUUGCGAGCAAAAACCGGAACGCAAGCUCAAGCGUCCUCGAACUCGCAUGCUCAUUGACCCAGGAGAAUCAUCGUCGGCUGCUGCUCGUCGCAAUACUGCGACGCAUGCCCCCGCUGCUGCCUCCUCACCCACAGCGGCUCAAAAUGGGGAGGCAUCUGCCCCAGCCCCCGGAUUUCUGCAGUCGCUUCUCCAGGAAGUGGAGGUUGACCGGUUUGCCGAACGAGAUAAGGAGAUUGCCGCCCCCCAACCUCGGCGAAUCAUCGUUGAACGCGCGUGUUCGCCUCCACACUCAUCGCCUGGGUUGUCGCCUGUAUACCAGCAGCCUCGUGGCAUGACUACCCCGCCGCCUCUGAACCUCACUCGUACUGCAUCACCUGCAGCACUGAAAGAUCAGCAGCCGUCACCUACUUACUCGCCUUACUCUCCUGCCGAUGACGAUCGUCCGAGCCGUCGCCGGCUCGCGCAUCGCUCUGCUGCUGGGCUUAGCAGUCCGCCCCGUUCAAAGGAUUCUUCGCCUACCCGACCCGCACUUUCCUACUCUACCAAGGCUGAGUUGCAACGCAUGGUGACGGCUGUGUUAAAGCCACUUUAUUUGAAGAAGGAAGUCACAAAACAAGAGUAUACAGACGUCAAUCGUGACGUGUCGCGUUUGUUAUAUGAAAAAGUGGGAGAGGCUGGUGCCGAUGCACUUGCAGAUCAGGACACCAGGGAGAAAUGGCAAAAAAUGGCUAGUAAUGAGGUGGAUGCCGCAGUGAAAGGUCUCCGUACAGCUGGGGCUGCGCUAUCCCCUGCUGCCGAUGAUUCUGCUUCUUCAUCUUCGUAGUAUGCAUCGCGUUGUGUCGAUGCUGAUGCACUGGGGCGUUUGUAUGGCGAACAUGGCCAUGUGCCAUAGCAAUACGGUUGUUUUUGGGAGGAAAGGAAUCAUGAUACCAUGGGCUUCAGUUCUUUUGCAUAUAUGGAGUUUCGAGAUUAUUCAUAUAUUAGGUAGCAUUGUUUUAGCGAGGAGAACAUGGUGGUUUUGUCAUUUAGAA